AUGCUAAUAUCUCCAGGACUCGCGGCACCGGCGGCGUCUCACCCGCCCCCUUUCCUCACCGCCGCCAGCCUCGGCGACCGCGCUACUCUAGGCGGCCUCGUUCAACCGGCCGCAACGACGUCGAAGACCGGCUGCUACAUCCGCAGUCGCAGCCGCCCGCUGCUCCUCUCUGCGACCGCCGACGCCGCUUCUGUUGCGGGCAGCGUAUCGACCAAUGACACUCAGUGCCGCCUGGACAGCGACGAGCUCCGCAGGGUCUGCCAAGAGCCCGACCUCGAGGGAGCAGUCAACCUGCUCGACGAAAUGCUUAACAGGAGAGGCGGCACCGGCGCGUCGGCCCAACUCGCGCCGGAAGAGCAGGCCGCGGUACUCCAGUGCUACGCCGACCCGCUGUCGCUGGCUUCUCUCAGACGAGGCCACCGCCUGCUCGCCAAGUCCACGUCCCGGUACUCCGGGAUCGCCACGCCCAUCUUGCACAGGAUCGCCACGCUGUACUGCAAGCUCGGCGCCCCCAUCGACGCGCGGCGCGUCCUCGAGGGAGCGUCGAGGCCGGCACCAGGAAAGCCCGCGGACGCGGAGCAGGCCAAGCGGAAGGAGGCGUACGAGAAGGUUCGUGAGCUGCACGAGCAAAUACGCGCGGCGGGGUACGUGCCGGACACCCGCUUCGUGCUGCACGACAUCGACGAGGCCGCCAAGGAGCGCGCGCUCAUGUACCACAGCGAGCGCCUGGCCAUCGCGUUCGGGCUGGUGAGCACGCCGCCCGGCACGCCGCUGCGGGUCAUGAAGAACCUCCGCAUCUGCGGGGACUGCCACAGCGCCGUCAAGCUCAUCACCAAGGUGACCGGCCGCGAGAUCAUCGUCAGGGACAACAAGCGGUUCCACCAUUUCAAGGACGGCGCCUGCUCCUGCGGGAAUUACUGGUGA